UGCUUCCCGACUGACAGUACCCCGAGCCAAUUCUGGUGGAUACAUAUGCAAUCGACUAUCCUCUAUCCGAAAGUGUAGUUUUCAUUGACUCUAGUUCUAUUUAAAAAUUUCACCUAUCGGUGAUAUGAUGUUAAGAAAACGUAUAUGUCAUAUGUUAUUAGCAUUAACAAGAAUUCAAAUUGAACAUCUUCGUGAAGCUAUGAUGCGUUCUGAUCAAUACGAUGUUGAUUAUGGAAUACCUGAUGAAGAAGAUGAAAUUUUGAAGAUAAAUGAUUUUAAUCCUACAUCAGAUAAAGAGGGGUAUGUUGUACACUGUUUCAAAUAUACAUGUGAUUUAACUUUAUCUUGCAAUACUCGAGCAAAUCUCUCCUCAUUCAAGUUAUUUCUUCAACGAUCUGCAUGCAAACUACGCACAUACGUAUCAGUCAUCAUCACAGAUAAAUAUGAAAUUUUCUUCUAACGAAUUAAUCGAAUCUCUUCGAUCAUUCCUCUCCGGAGUCCAACCUUCAAUACAGCGUUUGACAAUACAAACUACAAUUGCGUAUGAAACGACAUAUAUUGACAAUAUCAGUAUCACGUGGCCUCGAUGGUAUAUAACAAAUUAUAUAUAUGAAAAUCUUGUGUAUUCGGUCACUAACACUUGUAAUCUUGACACAGGUCUUUUUCUUAUUUACUUCCUGUAUCGUUCAUCAAAUGUCAUCAACCAAUAUGUAUCUAAUAACAUUGACAUACCUAUAUAUCAUCGAUUGCAGACAACAUUCAAUCUGAUUGCAAGGCGAGGAUGGGAUGCUGGACGUCCUAAUUCCAAAUCGAACUUAAAGGAAAAGUUUGGAAAAAAACUUUACAGUAUCGUGUAUAGCACAAUUCAACUUCGGGCUUGGCAGAAAAUCUUUUUUUUCUAAACCU